AUGCCGAGGGGACUGCGGCAUAUGAUCGUUUGGAACGUUCUUCCCCCGAUUCCCGACGACCUUUUUAUCGUUCGAAACUCCCUUUCGGCUCGGAAGGUUAACUGGAGAAAGAAUUUUACCCUCGAGAGAGAAGAAAAGGCGCGAGCUAUUCUUGCCGGAGUCCCUGUCAGCUCUUCAUCUUCCAGCUCCUCAAGAGAUACACGAGAAAAGAUGGUGAUAAUCGCUCUGAGAGAUAGGAAGAGGCGUGAAGAAGAAGAAGCCACGAGGCGAGCCGCCGAAGCGGCUAGAACAGAGUCCGAGGCGAUUCCUCAGACCGAUCUGCCGAGCCGUGAAGGUGACGACACGGUUCGGGUCGCAGAGGUAAACGUUGCCGAGGCGGCUGAGAAAGUAGCAGCGCCCGAGCUGGAACCGGGCGAAAUUAUCCCCGAGGCGUCUAAGGACGACUCGGCGGCGCGGAGUAAAACUCCUUCAAACUCUGCAAUCCUAACUCUUCUGAAGCCAUCAAGGCCGCCGACUUUGGGGAAAGGCAUCGUCGCUCAAAAAGACGAGCCGUCGAAAAAGAAGCGCAAGCCGACACCCGGGGAUCCUGCUGCGCGCAAACUGGUCGUUGACGACCCCGACGCCUCGGCAGUGAUGUUUGCGCGUGUUAAUAACGCGACCACGCGUCUUCCUCCUCCGGAGAAGCUGAGGAGGCCGAGGUCGUACGGCGCGAUGGCGCAGCGCGGUACCAAGUUUGUUGCGGCCAUUAACGAGCUAAUAACUGAGUACGAGGCAGACCUGUCUAAGGUCGAACAUCGCUUGGACGAGGCCUGGAACGAGACCGCGGCGUCAAAGGUGAAGCUGGACGAGGCGAUGGCCAGGGCGUCCAGGCUGGAAGAGGAGAAGAUUGUUCUGCGCGCCAAUAUUGACAAGGUCUCCGCCUCGACCAUUCGCCUCGAGGAGGCGAGGAGAGCCAAAAGCGCCGAGGUGGCGAUGCUCAAGAGGCGUAUCGAAGCCAAGGACGCCUUGUUUGACACCAAGGUCAAGCGGGCGAAAAAGGAGGCGAGGCGGGAGCUUACGGCUAAGUUUCAGGAGCGCCUCCCCAAAGUAGAGGAAGGUUUGGCCAAGCUCGAGAAGGCCAAAAAUGAUGAGAACGAUCUGGGGCAGAUCAAAGGCAAUCUCGCGAUGAUUUCCGACCUGGAGAAGCCGGACGCCCCAACGCUCGAUGACGAGGAGGCGAAGCUGAAGAGCUGGGAGAGCGAGUACGCCGACGAUGAGGCGUAUGAGCGCAUUGCCUCCGAGAUUCAAGGCGAGCUGGUUUUCUCUCCUGUAUCCCGGACUCGGUAG